CAAAACCAAACAGAACGAUAUAAAUAAAAGACUUUAUUUCCAUUAUUAAUGGCUUCCUUCUUCAUUUUGAUAAUCUGUCACGUUUUUCAUCUCGCCCACCAGUCACCAGAUAAGAAAAGUCAUCGCUUCCUCUCCCAACUUCUUCUUCCGAUCACCUUCUUCCUCCGCCGGCGAUUUCCGUCGGCAACCUAGAUCUACCUCACAAUCUUCUGUUUCCUAUCCUACCGCCUCCUCCAAUUAUCCAUUAUCCUCCUUUUCCCCCUUUCCAAAACCCUGAUUUCGCCCCGCCGAGCGCCCGGGAUUCCCCGCGCUGAAUCGCGACCGCCGCACAAAUUUGUCGAAUUCCCUCGACAAUUCUCCCGGGAACAGCUGCUGGGCUAAAUCGGAUUCCCUCGAAUUCCCGUCCUCUUAUCGGUUGAUGGACGCAAUUAGGGUUCGCGACAGUGAUCUCGCGAACAAGCCGAGCUCGUCGACGUCGCAAUCCCCGCUCUCGGUGACGACCUCCACCUCGAGGAACGAGACCAUCAAUGGCUCCCACGAGUUCGACAUCAGUGGCUACUCGCUGUCGAAAGGGAUGGGCGUCGGCAAGUACAUAGCUUCCGAGACGUUCUUCGUCGGGGGCUACGCUUGGGCGAUCUACUUUUAUCCCGACGGGAAGAGCCCCGAGGAUAACGGGAAUUACGUGUCUUUGUUCAUUGCGCUGGCCAGCGAGGGGACGGAUGUCAGGGCGUUGUUCGAGCUGACGCUUAUGGAUCAGAGUGGGAAAGCGCGGCAUAAGGUUCAUAGCCAUUUUGGGAGGAACCUGGAGACGGGUCCUUAUACCCUUAAAUACAGAGGGAGUAUGUGGGGUUAUAAGCGGUUUUUCAAACGAACUCAACUGGAGACUUCAGAUUACCUGAAGGACGAUAAACUUGUAAUCCGUUGCUGUGUUGGUGUUGUUAAGUCGCAGACAGAGGGACCUAGGACCUAUUCAAUUCCUGUGCCACCCUCUGAUAUUGGUCUUCAAUUUGGAAUGCUCUUGGAAAGUGGGAAGGGAUCUGAUGUAAAUUUUGAAGUUGAUGGAGAAAUUUUUUCUGCACACAAGCUGGUUCUUGCUGCACGCUCUCCAGUAUUUAGGGCACAGCUGUUUGGUCCAAUGAAGGACCAAAACACUACGUCCUUGAAAGUUGAAGAUGUAGAACUCCCUGUUUUUAAGGUUCUUUCUCUCACUUCCUCUUUCUCUAUACCAAUUUGCUUAUUUAAGCUGUCUUAUUUUUAAUAACUUCCGCACAUUAGAAACCAAGAGAAGAGCAGAAAGCACAGUGUCUUCUGCUGCAAACUCUUCUGCUAUUAGCACAACCGUCACUCGUUUGUAUUGUGUCAUAUCGUGCUUGCUAAUGGCUUACCUGGCUUGCCUUCCAGGUUAGCUUUGCUUAAGUGGUUGAUCUGAAUAGUUUGUGGUUUUUAGCGCUAAGCCCAUUAUAUCUAUGUUUGGACUUAGGAGUGCAUAAUCUCCUCGUUUGUUUAAAUGCAACGAAUGAAGAUUUGUGCGGUAGCUUUUGUAGGUUGGUCACCUGUAUUAGGUGAGUAAUUAUGGUGCCAUACAGGAUGAUUGUGAUGCCAUACUCGAAUAUACUUGUGGCUUUCUUCGCUAUGGUGCUCCUCCUGUGCACAAUUCUUACUCCAGCUAAGGUCUACUUCUUCUUGCUUUCUCCUCGUGAUUGAUGCUGCGAAAAUUGGUACUUGUCCAUAACUACUUAAGUUUGGCAGCAUUAUCAGUUGGUUGAGCAGUUGUUGUGAAGGGCUUCACCUAGCUUGGGGCAUUGGAUGAAACUUUUCCCUGGUGCUGCCCCUUGGAGCUUUAUUUUUUUAACCCCUGCUUUUUUGUGCAUGUAAUGGAGUGGCAGAGAUAUCUUGUGUCUUGGUCGGUUGUGAAACACUUCCUUUGACCUUAUGAGGAAAUAGAUCUGAAGCCAAGGAUGCAGCAGAAUCUUUUGAGAACUCAGAUUCUACAGUGCUGCGCUGCAGUUUUUCCUCUGGCUUGGCUGUCUGGAGAAAUCUGGGCAUUGCUUCUUUCUUUUUAUCUCGGUCAUGUAUAUUGGUUAACACAGAAUUGCUUAUUUUACUUUUCUUUACGGUUAGAUCGAGAUUGAACAGUUCUGAAAUGUAAAAUGUUUUCUCACUUGUGUGCCGGAAUGUCUGCAGGCUCUACUGCACUUCAUCUACUGGGAUGCACUGCCUGACCUGGAAGACCUUGUUGGUACAGUGAACCCCAAAUGGGCUGCCACAUUAAUGGCACAACAUCUACUUGCAGCAGCUGACCGUUAUGCACUAGAGAGACUCAGAUUGCUCUGUGAAGCAAAACUAUGUGAGGAUGUCGCUAUAAAUACAGUUGCAACAACGCUGGCCUUGGCCGAGCAGCAUCAGUGUCUCCAAUUAAAAGCUGUCUGCCUCAAAUUCAUUGCAUUGCCGGAAAAUCUGAAAGCUGUCAUGCAAACUGAUGGAUUCGAGUACCUGAAGCAAAGUUGCCCUACCGUCAUCACGGAACUGUUGCAGUAUGUUGCCAGAGUUGGUGAGCAUUCUGCAGCUGCUGCAUCUGUUCUUGGGAUUGAAAGCUUAGACGGCGAUAUGAAUGGUAGAAGGGUGAAGCAAAGGAUCCACUGAUUUGUAGGCGUAAGUGGGAAGACUGAAAAUUGUGUGAUGAAGAUCUUGUUAGGGCUUUGCACAGUUUUGCAAACUGUACUGACCACUGUAGGUGUCGUUGCAAGGAGAGAGAAAAUGGAAGGGAAAACUAGAGUGAGUGGUAGAUGUGGGUUUCAUUUGUGUAGUGUAUUCACUAACAUUGGAUAGUAACUUCAAAUUUGUGAAGUUUUUAACAUUUAUGUUUGUGAUGUGAUAUGUUCAGUAGCCUGCUAUUGACACUUCAAUUAGGCUGGAGCAGAAAUCUGGGUGUAUACAUCUUCAUCUGUUAAUGUCUGUAUUUCUUGUGGAGUAAACGAUUCAUGGAAGGUUUUGACUGUCCUGAGUGGAUAGCAAUGCCAAAUCUUAUUGUGAGUGGUUAUAUUAAAGGGUACAGUUCCUUGCAAGCGCAAAUAGUAAAUGAUUG